AGCAAAUGGCGAGAGGGUAACAAGACACCAUCUCUGGGACAAAGGGGCUGGCUGCACUUUCUAUUUGGAUAUUUGAUAGAACGACAGCGAGAAAGAGAGAGAUGGCAUCGGCGGGUUCUCCAAAUACCAACGCUGAUACUGAGCUCGUAGAUAACGAUCAGAAUCCUAACCCUAAUUCUUCAAAUGUGUUGGUUCCUGAAUCUGGCUCUCCUGCAGUUUGCCUUUUGCGCUUCGCCGGCGACUCUGCUGGUGGCGCCUUCAUGGGCUCCAUCUUUGGCUACGGUUCGGGAUUGAUUAAGAAGAAAGGCUUCAAAGGAUCCUUUGUGGAGGCUGGAUCUUAUGCCAAGACAUUUGCUGUCCUGUCUGGAGUGCACAGUUUGGUUGUCUGCUUCUUGAAGAGGUUGCGAGGGAAAGAUGAUGUCAUCAAUGCUGGAGUAGCGGGAUGUUGCACUGGUCUUGCUUUAAGUUUUCCAGGAGCACCUCAGGCUCUCCUACAGAGCUGCCUGACUUUUGGGGCAUUUUCAUUUAUUAUUGAAGGGCUUAACAAGCAGCAACCAGCCCUUGCUCAUUCAUUUUCUGCGAGACACAAACGCGGCUACCACGAUGCAUCUCGCCCCUUGGCUCGCACUAGUGCACCUCACCCUUUUGCUCUUCCUCUUUCAGUCCCUCUUCCAAAUGAGCUAAAAGCAGCCUUCACCUUUUUCUGCAAGUCCUUGAAGAAACCCACUAGCAAUUUUCCUACUGCUCCCUGGUAAAUGACCAGGAGAGUUGUAAUGUUUGCUUUAACAUUUUGUAGACUGUUGCUGUGGAGACUGUACCAUGUAAAUUCGUAGCUAGAUUCUGAAGCUUACUGAUUGCUUAAAUGAUAAAAAUGGUACCUUUCUAUGUA